GGUGGCGAUGAUGUCAUGGCCUGUGUCCAUGAUGACAAUGGCAGAGUCCGCAUCCAGCACUUCUAUAACGUGGGCCAGUGGGCAAAGGAAGUUCAGCGGAACCCUGCCCGAGAUGAAGAAGGAGUCUUUGAGAACAACCGAGUCACCUGCAGGUUUAAGCGCCCUGUGAACGUUCCCAGGGAUGAAACCAUUGUGGAUCUGCACCUGAGUUGGUACUACCUAUUUGCCUGGGGUCCAGCCAUUCAGGGCUCCAUCACUCGCCACGACAUAGAUUCUCCACCAGCGUCAGAGCGUGUGGUCAGUAUUUACAAGUGAGUAACCACUCAGUCUGAUUCUUCUGGAAUAUAAUCAUUCUCUAAGUUUGCUGAAUGCUCAGUGGAUGUGGCAUCCACCCAGUUCACUAGACUCUUUCCUGCUUCAUCGCCUAGAAUGCCCUGAGCCCUCUGUCCCGGGAGAGUGAAUUCGGCUUUUCCACUUGCCUUAUUCCCACUGACACAUUGACAUGCUGGAACAGUCUGGCUCCAGAAGAACUAAUAGUUUUUUUGAGACUGUCUACAAAAUACUAUUUUGUUAAAACUAUGCUUUUAAAUAGACACUGAUGAGUUAUAUUUGUUUUAUAAAAAAUUGUGUACCUAAUAUUCAAUUGUGAUUGAUUUUGAGAUUAUAUAUAAAUGUAUAUUUAUAAGCCUGUCCUAUGUGGAUUUUUACUCUAAAAUGUGUGGCACAUUACUAAUAAAGAUAUGGAUUUCUAUUUAAGCAAAGUAAUUGUAGCAACAUUCCUAUACCUGAAUGAUUAUUCUGUUCAUUGGCCAUCAUAGCUACUUUUAUCUUUAGAGCAUUAAAUUAUAUUCAGAAUAUAUUAACCAGGAUUAAACUUUAAAAACAUA